CUGGGAGCGCGUCAGACUGAAGCACAAACUUCGGCCAUAAAUCUGAAGGUGGCCGGUUCAAGCCCGGCUCGUCCCAUUCUUCCUUUUUUUUCAUUUUUCUCUGUUACGAUAUGUGGGUCUUCGAGAGUGGGUCCGCCGUGGAGGUUGUACUAUUAUGCUGGGGUAGAUCGUCCGUCCCACUGCAACAUUUCGCCAGUACCACCUUCAACCCCAGAAAAUUAACUGACAAUGUGGAGAGAGAUAAAUCGAUCUUGAUACACGCCCAUGGGAUCGUGAAGGAGUGGGCUUUUGAUUACCUAGCCAAGGAACCUGCCAAGAAACUGGUGGGGCAGAGGUUUUGUAUAUUGACAUAGACAAAUACUUUGCCGACCUGUAGAAUAGGCUUAACCAAUUGGCGUAUUUAUGAAUGCA